CGUGGGGAUAUAAAAGCUCAGGGAUUCCUGGUUGAGAGCCGCACAAGGAGUUUAGCUCUGCACAGGCACGGAUCCAGGAGGAUGCUCUGGUUUCCCGUUUCGAUAGCGGCGCUGGCGCUGCUCUGCCUGGCCAGUAGUGGCAGUCGCUUUGCCGGCGACAAUGCUGCAGGCUACGAGGAGUUGGAGGAGCAGGAACAGGAGCAACCGGACCGCAGCACAUCCAAGAUGCUCAGCGCACUGUUCGGCACGCCACGUCCCACAGAGACUGCCAUGGCCAUGCCCCCACAUCAGAUGCAGCUGCCGGUCAUGUACUACAACGACUUCUAUGAGGAUCUGCUGGCCACGAAGCGCAACGAUGUCCAUUCUGCCGGCUGCGAUUGCAAAGUUACGAACGAGCUCCUCGAUCUGGGCACGCUGCACUUUCCGCGCUAUCUGAUGAAUGCCGUCUGCGAGUCGCGUCCCGCACAGGAUGCCAAGUGCACGCAUGGCUCGAACUGCAGGCCACUGGAGUACAAGGUGAAGGUGCUGACGCAGGGCACGGUGCCGGAUCGUGCGGCUUCCUGGCUGAACAAGGAGAUGACUGCCGCGCAGCUGUGGCAAUUCAAGACGGUCACCGUCACCGCCGGUUGCUUCUGUGCCAAGUAAAGGAUUGGAUUGUGUGACAUAUGAGAGAAUAGUCGUCUAUUAAUUAAAGCACGCCAAAAAGA